AUGGCAACCCAUUCCCGGCCAGCCUCUCGAACCCGCUCCCCAAUCAAUCAAGGGGAGCUGGGACCCCACCUUCCGGCAACCCCCUAUGUCGAACUUGGGGAAGUAUCCCUUGAGCGAAUCACAAGACUCCUCCUUGGCCUCCUUGGUCAAAUCAAGAGCCUCAAACAAAAGGUGGAAGAAGUCCAAGAAGCAGGGGUUGAGACCCGCACCAACCUUGAGAACAUCUCUCAAGCCGUCAAUACUGUCAAGGGUGGGCUUAGAAGCCUCCAACUCCACGGGCCACGGACCCCAGAAGACACCAAGCCCCUGGCCGUGGAAGCAACGCCACGCCCCUUACCAAAAGCCAACCCUAUUGGAUUGACUAGUUGGGUCUCCUUCUGGCCUGAACCGUCCAAGGGGCUCCCCACCUUUGCCCAACCCACUCCGGUCCGAGCAGUGCCCCCGCAAGUCCCAUCUCCCCCUUUAUCUCCAUGUCUCCAAUCCCCCAUUGGAGCACCUGCCCCUCCUCCACCGGCUCCAGUCCCCUCCUAUCCUAACCCGGUCAAAGUAGACCACCCAGAUGCCUAUACAGGCAAGAUUGGGAGUGAAGCCAAACAAUGGCUCACAAGGAUGCUGGCAUGGACCCGGCUAAACUUGCGCAUGUUUCCUACGGACCAAGAGGUCCUAUCCUUCCUCCUAAUGAACAUGAAGGAUUCCGCAGGAGCCUGGGCCCACCCCCACCUCGACCAGCUUGGGUCACACUGA